CAAAUAAUAUUCUUUUUAUUUUCUUCAAGCUUCUUUUUAAUCAAUCAAUCCUUUUGUCUUUUUACAUAUUCGACCACUGAGGCGGAGCAAAACGGAAGUAACCACCCACCCACCGCCGUUGAACUCCGACCAACCACGGUUGCAGGCAGAAGCUGCUUAUCAUGUUUCUUCGAAGAAUUGUUGCUCAAUGUCCUCUAAAAUCAAGAAGGAUGUUCAGCUCUUCUUCUAGCCAUGACUAUGCAAGUUCUAUUCAAGAACUCAAUGAUGAAAUGGGAUUUAUAUUUGGGGAAAUUCCACCAAAUGAUGGACUAACUAGCUCUGUAAGCAAUGGUUAUGCGAAUAAUGAACCCCAUUUGUCAUGCGAAUCAAAAAGGAUCUUCAGCUCUUCUGUUAGUCAUAACAAUGCAAGUUCUGUUCAAGAAUUCAAUAAGGAACUGGAAUCCAUAUUUGGGGAAACUCUGCCAAGUGGACCUCCUAGCUCUGAAAGCAAUAGUCAUGCGAAUAAUGAACCUCAUUUGUUAUCUGGAAACAUAAGUGAAAGUUGUUUCGAAUUGACUCAUACUGGAAAUUCAGGGGAAGCUCAAAUGGUUGACGUGUCUCCAAAAGAAAGUAGUAAGAGAACUGCCACUGCUGUCUGCAAAGUAAUUCUUGGAAAGACGGUUUUUGAUUUGGUAUUAGCCAAUCAAAUGGCAAAAGGAGACGUGCUUACAGUGGCGAAAAUUGCUGGCAUAACCGCAGCUAAGCAAACUAGUAACCUGAUUCCAUUGUGCCAUAACAUAGGCCUUACACACGUGCAAGUGGAUUUGAGAUUGAACCAUGAGGACUUCAGUGUAGCAAUAGAAGGGGAAGCUGCUUCAAUGGGAAAAACUGGAGUUGAAAUGGAAGCAAUGACAGCAGUGUCUGUUGCUGGCUUAACAGUGUAUGACAUGUGUAAGGCUGCUUCAAAAGCUAUAACAAUUACAGAUAUAAGACUUAAGCAAAAAACUGGUGGAAAAAGUGGUGAUUACUCUUGGGGACAAUAAUGGUUUUGAAGCAUUCCAAUGGAUAAGAACGCACCAAGAUUCCAAUAAUGUUAUUCCUUAAAUAGUAUGGAACGAGGGUGCAUCAAUAAUGGAGCAAGUUUUGAUGAUAUUUUAAUAGCUGACAUUUCACUUGUCCCACUGUGUACUUUGUCAAAUUUCAGGUAAAUCAUGGUUACAUUUUGAUUGCUUCCUAUUA